AUGGGGGGUGACGAUCGUGUUAGAAUGAAUAGUAAUUUUAAUAAAGAUGCAUCUAACCAGUAUAACUAUCAACAAUUGGAAUCAAAACAAUUCGAUGAGAUCAUUGAGGUGAUGAAGAGGUAUCAACUUAGAUACACAGAUCAAAUGUCAAAGGAAGAGAUGAUCAGCGUGAUCUUAAACUAUCAGACAACAUACAGUGCACUUUCAAAGACAUUGAACAAACAACAACAGCAACAACAACAAUAUAAACAUAGUCAUAUCGCCAUCAAUCUCUCUAUGCUCUCAGCUGAGAGCAUUCAACAUCUCCAACUGCCAGACCUGAAUAGAAACGAUCUAAUCGUUUUAGAAAAACCAGCGAAAUCAUUUCAAUUCAAAUCGAUCGCUAUUGGAUUGAACGAACUACCAAUGCUAUCGAUACUAACCACUCACUUGACGAAACUGGUGAUAACUUUCAUCGACUCGAAACCAAUCAGGAGAAUCAAUCUCAGCCAACUUUUAGCUUUUCUGAAAUCAUCAGACUGUAAAAUUAAACACUUUGGUAUAGAAAAAGAUGUUUUCCUCAGACAAUGUCUAACAGGCAACAAUACCAUUGAUACUGUAGAGCUAGAUGUAUCUACGUGUAUCUCUACGAUUCUAUCUUUUAUCAAUAUAAAGCGAGUUAUAUUCAUUCCUAAAUUAGAUUAUUUUAAACAUGUGCAUACUCAAGUCAACGGUUACAAACCAACUGGAUUUGCAAUGGUGAAAUCAAGAAAAUACUACAAUAGGAAAUCAACUCAACACGAAGACUUGCGAGUAUUUGGCAAGAGAAUCUAUAAUAUCAACGAACAACAAAAAAAUUCAAAGAAAAUAGAAUCAUCAUUUCCAUACUAUCUAUUUUUAAAUUACAAAAGUUAA